ACGUGUUGCGGAUCUUCCUCUACGCAGCUACAGAAAACAUGGCAGCGCUCUUGAGAUCAGCCCGGUUACUUAAGAUUUCGCCUUCAGGUUUCCUCCAGAUCACAGGGACCAAAAGAAAUGGAGCACUUACCCGCCUCUGCAGUGGAGCGAUUGUUAGCAGGAGGACUGGAGUUUGUUCUCGCCAGAUUAAGCCUGUUUUGGACAGUUUUACAUGGCCGUAUGCAGCAGUCUGCGUUCGGAACUACGCUGUGGCCACAGAGCAGAAGAACGAAGCCAGCAUUGCAGUUAAGUCCAAGCAAGCCCAGCAGUUCGACUGGGCCCUGACCAAACUGGAAAGCUCUGUGAGGAGGACCGGACGCAUUACCAAGACUCUGCUGCUUCGCAUCUUCCAUGACAUCUGCAGGACAGGUUAUCCCAGUGGUAACCAGGCUCUGCUGCUGCUGCGCAGCUGUGGGUCCUUGCUGCCUGAGAUGCCUCUGGAGGAGCGCUCUGAGCUGGCACACCGUGUGUGGGAGAAGCUGCAGGAGCUGGGUGCACCGUAUGAUGUUAGUCAUUACAACGCCUUGCUAAAGGUUUACCUGCAGAAUGAUUUCAGAUUCUCUCCCACUGACUUCCUGGCUAAGAUGGAAGCAGCGAAUGUGCAGCCUAACAGAGUUACCUACCAGAGACUGAUUGCAGCCUACUGCCAAAAGGGAGAUAUUGAGGGAGCCAGCACCAUACUGGGUUUCAUGAAAAGUAAAGAUCUACCCAUCACAGAAGCUGUGUUCAGUUCUCUGGUGACAGGGCAUGCUCGCGCUGGUGACAUGGAAAGUGCAAAGAACAUCCUACCUGUGAUGCGGGGAGCAGGGAUAGAGCCGACCCCUGACACUUAUGUGUCACUGCUCACUGCGUAUGCUGAGAAGGGAGACCUGGACGGUUUGAAAAUGACUCUGGAGGCGGCAGAAAGCGCAGACUGCAGUCUAAUGGACAGAGACAUCAUGCAGGUCAUCUUCACUCUGGCCAAAGCUGGACAUCAGGAGCUCAUUCCAGAGAUGGUGGAACGUCUAAGACAUGAGAGGGGUUAUGUGCCAGAUGCCAUGAACUUGUGUCUAAGCCUCAUCACUCAGGGCCAGGAGGACACAGCUUUCAGCAUCCUAAAGACGUUCCCUUCAUUACAGUCCGACAGCAACGAGACCUCCAACCUGGGCAACUUUUUCCUCAGACACUGCAUCAAUAUGGACAUUUCAUUGGAGAAGAUCUUCCACUACUGCAAAGAGCUCCAGGAAUUGAAUCUGCAUUCUGCACCUCUCACAUUUGCCCUGUCCUGUUCCCUGGAGGCCAAAAAGAUUGGUUCAUCUUUAGAGCUGAUGAGGCUACUUAAGGAGCAGAACUUACCCAUAAGGCCUCACUACUUCUGGCCUCUUCUCACUCAGCCUCUGAAAGAGAAGAAUAUAGCAGGCGUGCUGGAGGUGGCCAAAGGGAUGGAGAAGCUCGGCGUCACCCUGGAUAUUGAGACUUUAUCAAACUACAUCCUCCCGGUUUUCUCUGACAUGGAGACCGCUCGACAAGCUCUCAAAGAGGCAGGCGUGUCUAUGGACUCUGAGGGAUUCCUGUGCUCAGAAGUUCGCUCCAUGGCUAUGAACAACCUGGCCAAGUUGUACACCACGUUGUCGGAUCCCUCCUUCCCUAAGGUGGACCUCGGUACUUUCCGCAGCAGCCUCAUCACAGGCUUCAAAAAGUCAACUGAUGUGGAGAGCAUGGUAAAGCUCACUGAGUUGCUCUACAAGGAUGAGCGCUUCUCCAGAGGAAAUUCCAAACCUUCUGAGGCUGCUUCCUACUUCCUCUACAAUUUGUUUGACAACAUGGCAGAGGACCAGGUGCACGCACAGGUGGAGAAACUCCGCAGUUUCCUCAAUAAGCUGCACAGCCAGAAUAUCACAAUUCCCUUAAACAUCUACAGAGGAAUAAAGAACCUUCUAGAGUCUUAUCACGCCCCAGAACUCAUCAAGGAUGUGGUCGCUCUAGUGGACCCCAAAGAAAAGGCGUCCACUGACUUUAUGCUGUUUGGUUCUCGUGUAACAGGCUCUGAGGAAAAGGUGUUGGCGCUUGAAAAUAAAUUGGCUGAACUGAAGGCGGAGAACAAACCAUUAGGCAUCGUUCUCAAACAGCUCAUUCAGGCUCUGAGUGCUGAGGAGAACCUGCAGCGCGCCCUCGAGCUGAAGCAGCAGCACGACGAGGAGAUGACAGCCGGCAGCUACGCGACCCUCAUCAACCUGUGCUGUCGCCACAACAAUGUCGACGAGGCGCUCAACCUGAAGAGGGAGAUGAGCCGAAAGGACUCUUCAGUAGCACUGGAUGGCAGUAAAUACAUCGCACUGGUCAAGACCCUCGCUGCAAAUGACAGGUUGGAGGAGGCGGUAGAUAUCCUGAAGGAGAUGAAAGAGAAGGAGGUGGUGCUGAAUGACGCCAACAUCACCACGAUCUUUCACAUGCUCAACGAUGUCGCUGCUAAGGGCAACAUCCCCGCCGUCCGACGAUUGCUGGACACCAUCUUCUCACUUGGACUGGCCAAACCCACCGCCAAUCUCUGUUCACCCAUAGUCACUGCCCACCUGAACAGCAAGGACGUGGCUGGGGCUCUCGAAGCUACGAUUGAGUGUCAGAAACUCUACAACCAGCUGCCCCGCAUCCAUGACAUCAUUGUUGCUCUGGUGGAGAAAGGAGACACCGAAGUACUGCAAAAAGCCAUGGACUUUAUUAGUCAGGAGCGGGGAGAGAUGACCAUGCUGUAUGAUCUUUUCUUCGCAUUCCUGCAGACUGGCCGUUACCGCGAAGCCCGAAAGAUCAUUGAGACCCCAGGCUUGAGGGCGAAGCCUGGACGCCUGCAGUGGUAUGCAGAUAAAUGCAUUUUUAAUAGCCAGAUGGAGAACCUGGAGCAGAUGGUGGAAAUGACAGCUAAGCUGUUUGAGUGCGACAGAGAUGAGAUGUACAGUUACAUCCUCAGGCUCUGCAAGGAAACAAACGACUGGCGGAAAGCUGAGGCCAUAUGGACGAAGAUGCAGGAGGAGAACGUCAUUCCCAGAGAGAGGACCCUACGUUUGCUGGCAGAUAUUUUAAAGAAUAAUGACCAGGAGGUGCCCUUUGAUAUGCCCGAGAUGUGGUACGAACAAGCUGCCCCCACCAAGUCCCCGCCAACCCCCCUCGCAGCAGAAAGUGGUGUUGAUUUUAAUGCCUGUUUGUUGGCCCUCUGCAAGAAGAACAAGACCAAAGAAGCUUUUGAAAUGCUGAAAGACACUGAGAAAAGGGGUGUGGUGUUAAGCCCCUCCACCUUUGACCACCUGAUCCGCACCUUGUUGUCUCAGGGAUUCAUCGAAGACGCCAUGGUUGUAAAGAAAAUGGCCGAGUCUCAAGUUUCAGGCUUCCAGCUGAGCAACAUUGCUAGCAGUUUGUUAGUCAUCUCUCACAGCAAGAGAGGCCAAGCUAAAGAGGGUCUUGAAACGAUGAAGGCGAUGCUUCAAUUAGACCACAUUCCCUCCAACCUCGCCAUCAUCAGGUUGGUCCAGACCCUGGGUAGCCAAGGGGAUGUUGCAGGGAUCCAAGAGGUGCAGUCAUUAAUCAACAGCCUUGGAAGAAGUCCCAACCUGUCCUCCAUGGUGUUUGUCAACAACACUGCCUUGGCACACAUCAAAAACGGUGAUGUGGAUGCAGCAGUGGAGCUGCUGGAUGGAAUCUACACCAGUCCAAACAGCACAAACCCCAGCAUAGCCUUCAUCUUCAGAAAGCUCCUGGAGUCCGGCAACGACCACGCUUUAGACAAGCUGGGUGCCAUGGUAGAGCGUCUAGCCAAUCACUUUGCCUGCUACAGACCUGCUACAGAUCUCUUCCUCCAGCUGCUGGAUUUGGAUAAAGUGGAUGAUGCCAAAUUCAUGCUGGCUCGCUGUAACGCCUUGGCUGAACAGAAGGACAUCUUGUUGUCUUUUGUGUCUCAAAAGGCCCAAAGUCCAGGACAGAUUGGGAAGAUCCAGAACCUGCUGAGUUUGGUUCCUGACUUUGCAGAGAAGAAGGUCGUGUACGCGUACCUGAUGAAGUGUCACGUUCUGGAUAAGGACUUGACGUCAGCCAAGGCUUUGCAUGAGCAGAUGAUGAGAGAGGGGGUCACCGUCGAUGAGCUGUCACUCAAACGGCUGGCAAGGCUGUACAGCGAAGCAGGAGAGACGGCGCCCUUCCCUGAACCCCCUGAGUCCUUUAAGUUUUAUGCAGACAAGCUGAAGGAGAGCUCUGCCAAAGCCCAGACGACAGCAGAGGAAUAAAGACUGGCUUCUCUUUCUUUCCUCACACCUCCAUGCCGAUCCCAUUGUCUCCUUUUUUUUUUAUAUAGAAAUUGUUUAAGCUGAAGCGGUUUGAACAUUGUGUUGUUUUGGAUGUUAGGUCUGUUUGUUGCUACACCAAUAAAAGAUGAAAAAAUGAGGAUGUUGAGACUGUACAGAAGUAUUUAUGCAAAUGUGCAAGAAAAAACUGAAUAAAUUCAUACCACCAACGGUU